AUAAAUUUCUUUUCAAAACAUGUGCUCCCUUUAAAGAACGAAAUUUAUUUCUGCUUCCAAAUAUUUUAAUAAUUUUUGAGUAAUUAUCAUAAUAAAUCUACGAAAUGGGUACAGAUCAGGCCGCUCAUCGGUCAGGGGCCCUUAAACAAACAAACAAAGCCCACAAAACAGGAAGGCAUCGUUCCAAAGGAGCUGUUGAAGCUGCAAUAAAGGGUAAAGCAGAUAUAAAAACAGUAUCUCACCGUCACAAACAACAACAAAAUCGUGAACAACGUCGGGAUCAAAUGAAUCAGAUUCGCAAAAAUAAACGUGAGGAAGUUAUUGCAAAGAAACGUCAAAUUGGUGGCCAACAUACUGCUCCCUUUCUCGUAUGCAUAGUGCCACUCCACUCCCAGAUCGACCCCUAUUCCGCUCUAGCCAUUUUAGAGAGCUGCGACGAAGAAGCGAUAGUCGACAAAAGUGCUGCCGGAGUGACCUACAUCAAUGUACCUCGAUUCAAGCAAAGAUUCGCCUUCAUUAUUCCUCCCCAUGGCCGUGGUAAUGAACUCACUGUCCUCGACUAUUUGAAGGUCUGCGACACAACACUGUUCCUCACAUCGGCAGCCAUGGGCGAGGACGAUGUCUUGGACAAAUGGGGACACAAGAUGUUCAAUAUGAUUGUCGCACAGGGAAUACCCAGCCCGGUCGUUGGAAUUAUGGAUCUAGAAUCGGUAAAUCCCAAACGCCGUCAACAAACAAAGUCAGCCAUCCAAAAGUUCAUCAGUAAACUGCUUCCCGAGGAAAAAUGCAUGCAACUGGAUACAAAUCCGGAAGGAAUUAACCUUCUACGUCGCAUUGGUGGCCAAAAGAAGAAGAUUUUACCCAACAAAGCCAAUCGUCCACACCUCUUUGCUGAGAAAGUUGAGUAUCUACCUAACCCAGAUGCUUCAUUGGACACGGGAACUCUCAAGGCAACUGGAUUCUUGAGAGGAACUCCGCUGGAUGUCAACGGAUUGGUCCACAUAACCGGUUUGGGUGACUUCCAGAUGAGCCAAAUUGAAGCUCAAACUGAUCCCUACAAGCUCGAGAAAAACCGCCCAGACUUUUCCGAUUUGCGAGUCGUCGCCGUGGCUGAUCCCGCUAAGCAAGUGAGUCUUCAGGUAGAAAACAUCCCCGACCCCAUGGAUGCCGAACAAACAUGGCCUACAGAAGACGAAAUCACACAAGCCAACGAAGAGACCAAAAAGACCAAGGUUAUCAAGCGGAUGCCAAAGGGUUGGAGUCAGUACCAAGCAGCUUGGAUCCCAGAUGUGGAGACAGUCGAAGAAAAGGACGAGAAUAGCGGUGACGACAGCAACAGCAACGACGAAGAUGAAGAAGAAGACGAAGACGAAGACUUCAUGUCGUGUGAGAAUAAUUCCGAAGAUGGUGACGAAAAAGAUGGAGAGAGCGAAACUGAAGAGUUUGUGGAGACAGCUUCGAUGUCGGAAGGUGUUGUGAACGACGAGAAAUACGAUGAGACCAUGGACUUCCAGGAGGAACGAGAGACGUUGAAGAAAAUUCAGGAAGCCCGAACCGAUCAGAUGUGGCCCGAUGAAAUGGACACACCACUUGAUGUGCCCGCAAGGGAAAGAUUCCAGAAAUUUAGGGGUUUGGAAUCUUUUAGAACCUCUCCGUGGGAUGUCAAAGAGAAUCUACCCAGCGACUAUGCGAGAAUCUUCCAGUUCAAGAACUUCGACCGAACAAGGCGACGAAUCGUUGAAGAAGCAAAAGAUAUUGCUGGAGCUUGUCCUGGUUGGUAUGUAACGAUUCACAUCGCAAAUGUACCAACGUCCAAAUGGAACAAGUACAAAUCUGCUCAGCAAACUAACAAUCUUGUGAUCUAUGGUCUCCUUCCACACGAACAUCAAAUGUCUGUGAUGAAUGUCAUUCUCAAGCGCAUACCCGAUUCGGAAGUACCAAUCAAAUCCAAGGAAAAAUUAAUCAUCCAAUGCGGCUACAGACGAUUCGUGGUUAAUCCCGUCUUUAGUCAACAUACCAAUGGUGACAAACACAAGUUUGAAAGAUAUUUCCGGCCAGACUCAACAGUGGUUGCCACGUUCUAUGCCCCGAUUCAAUUCUCCCCAGCACCGAUACUGUGCUUUAAGGAAAAUCCCGAUUCAUCUCUGGCUUUGGUAGCACGCGGUUGUGUGCUUUCAUGUAAUCCCGAUAGGGUGAUUCUCAAGCGUGUUGUCCUAAGUGGCCAUCCCAAACGCAACAAUGGCAAAUCCGCUACAGUUCGGUACAUGUUCUUCAACAAAGAAGACGUCGAGUACUUCAAACCAAUCAAACUACGUUCGAAGUGUGGUCGUGUUGGUCAUAUUCGCGAAUCCCUGGGUACACACGGACACAUGAAGUGUACCUUCGAUGGCCAACUCAAAUCGUACGAUACGAUAUUCUUGUAUUUGUUCAAGAGGGUAUUCCCCAAAUGGACCUACGAGGAGUGUUUGAUUUCGUGUGAGGAUAAAGAUGAUAAUGCAAUGGUUGAAUAGAGUUGUACAGUGAAGAUCACCCUCAUAUUAUGUAGCGGCGAUACAUAUUGGAUUUUUUUUACAAAAUUUGAAAUAAAUAUAUUUAACAACAAUUUAAAACAAAA